AUGUCAAGUCGUCACCCAGCCAGGUAUGACGAGCAGACUCGUCGCACUGGAGAGGCUCGCGAAUCUCGGACAACCCGGGAUCCAAGGGAAGCCAGAGAACCAAGAGACAGUAGGGAACCAAGAGAAGUCCGUGAGGCCAGAGAAAUCAUCGCCCCAAGGGAAAGAGCAGAUAUCAUACCACCGCGGGAUGGGCGAGAGAUUAGGGAAACCAGAGACACCCGGAUAGACCCAAGAGCCGAGCCAAGAAUGGAUCCCUCUAGAAUCGAUUCUAGAAUAGACCCAAGAGCAGAUCCCAGAGUUGAUCCAAGGGCUGACCCAAGGCUUUUAUCCAGAGGAGACCCACGCGCAGACCUCAGAGGUGACCCACGUGUGGACGCAAGAGUAGAUUUUCGACCUGACCCACGGGAAAUCAGAGAUUCAAGGGACAUCCGGGAUCCACGAGGCGAGUCAAUCAUUGACACCAGAGAUCCCCGUUAUGCUCUGUCGCGUGAAAAUCGAGAUCUUCGUGAUCCUAGAGAUGUGUAUGGAAGAGACGAGAUGGAUAUCGACCCACCCCCUUCAGGACGUCUAACCACCUACUUCCUUCCUGGAGAAGGCAUCAGCCGUGAGGUCAUUCAAGCCGAUAUCUGCCGAUACCUUGGUGCCGAUGCCACUUGUCUGCCUGCUCGUAACCGCGAGGGUGCGUCAGGCUACAUGAUCAGAGCGUAUCGCAUGCUUACGACCAAAAUGAUAGAGGACCUCAUGGCUGAUUCCAAGCGAUGGGACGAAGAGCUUCGCCGCAGUCGAACUCGCGGGAUUAAACCAGCCUACGAAGACACCAAGAUCCAUGAACACCGACAGAUAACAGGACCUAGCCAGAACCCACCUGGCUAUCCAGGACCCCAAAGCCGCGUAAGGGAAAGAGAGGACUAUGACAUGGAUGAUUAUCCCCGUCCAAACCCAUCUUCACAAAGGACUUUAUACCAGGGCACCAUGCCACAGGACUAUCCGCAAAAUUAUCCCGUGACAACCAGUGGUUUUCAGAGUCCUUCUAUGACAGCAGCAUCCGAAUAUAUGAUUACCAGAGGUCCAGCAGAAGGGUAUAAUCAAGUACCGAGAUCUGAAUAUGACUAUCCUGGUGCCACCGCUGGCCGCGGCGCUACUCUCCAGUCUACAAACCAAGUACAAUUUGCUAGCCAGCAAGGAUUGCAAGGCCCCCCGGCUUACCAGGAUCCGCGGACUGGCCAAAUGGUUUAUCCUCCUACACCCGCAGGACGUGGCCUCGACCAAUUUGCGCGCCAUACAGGCCCUGCGGAUAAUCGUCGCCGAUGA